AUGAGUGCGCGGCUGCCAUUUUGACGUCGACACGAGCGCCCCCGCAACAGCGACUCGCGUCGGCUGCGAUCAACGACGACGGAAUGUAGCAGACGACGCUCGGGCUUGACGGAUGUAGCUCUUUCCUCCGUUCGCCUUCUUUUUUGAUGUACUAUUUAUUGCCGCUCUCUCCCUCGGCUCUCGAGCGUUAUCGUCUGUUUAAAGACUGCAUUUGGCUUUCUGUUUUUCUUUUUGUCUUUCAUACGGCGUGUAUGUAUAUACCCCUCGCUUUCGCUAGACGCAGCACGUCGUGCUGCCGCCGUGCCGUACGUGUUCCAUUCCGGCUUCCCUUCUGCAACGCGCCAGCCACGAUUUCUCCGAGUCCCAACGAGAGUUUUGUUCCGCUUCGGCCGUCCCGGUUCAUGCGGCGGGACUCAAACUAGCUCCUCCCAUCUUUGGACCGUCGCUUCUUUGGAUCUUGCAUCGAAGGGCUGCGAUCCGAAGACAUGGGCCGACUACGUGCCGAGGAGCAGCGAUCCAUCGUCAGCUUCUGGCUCGCACCUCGCAGAUGUUGUUGGCUCACCGGAAUCCCUCCGUAUUUGCUCUGAACCUGUCGUCUGCUUCGGGCGAGAGCAAAAACCGGCCUGCCCGCGAUAAGAUAUUCGUACCUCGUGGGGAUAACGGUGUUCCGCGCGCGCGCAAAGUGGUCUCAUCCUUCGAGUGCUUCGAUCGCCCUGCGUGUAGGUGGCCGGUCAAUAUACUCGCGCGGAGACCUGGUCGAGCGACGUGCGAGACAGAGGCCUGCCCGACGCCCCCUCCUCAAGGAUUGUGAGUUCUCCGUCGUCAUCAUCAUCUGGCGCUGCAAGUGACGUCAUCCGCCUCUUCCUUCCCGAUUGUUGACUCCUUCGGCGGGCAUUCCCGGGAAUCGAGCGACUCGGGCCGUGCCGGGAAUCCGCGUCUCGCAUCCUCCUCCGCGCUCCGGUUCCAAGCUCCGGGGGUUACGACGUGGAUCGUCGUCCUUCGAUUGGCCCCCGUGCGACGUGACGUCGCGGUUUCCGAAGAUGACCAAGUUUCGCGCUACCCACGCGGGACCGUCGGUUCGUGUCGUCUCGAAGUGCUUCGCGUCGAGAAUGCUGCCGCGCGUGUAGCGAGACGACGCGGCGAGCAACGCUGGAGCAGCGUGUUUGUUUGUGUUGUGUUGGUGCCCGUGUCGUGUGGUUCCGAUGGAGAAGUUCUUUCUGCGAGCGCUGGGCCGUUCGUACACAUACUGCUGCGCCGACACGGCCCCGCCGACGGCACCGGGACCCAUUUCCGGUGGGAGACGUGGAUCGUCCACUUCCGGUCAGGGGGGCGUGACCGGUGGUGGGCGUCGCUUUGCGGAGGCUACCGCUGCGAUUUUGAGGCACAAGUCCUCGAAGGACCAGCGCAAGUCGACUCGGAAACGCCAUUCGUUUGUGAACAGCCAAGAAUGGACGCUGAGCCGGUCCGUGCCCGACAUUCGACUGGGCAUUGUGGGCAGCCUGUCGAGUGGCAAGUCCGCCCUGGUGCACCGCUACCUCACGGGUUCCUACAUGCAGGACGAGUCGCCCGAAGGAGGCCGCUUCAAGAAGGAGAUCGUGAUCGACGGCCAGAGCUACCUGCUCCUCAUCCGGGACGAAGGCGGCCCCCCGGAGUUGCAGUUCAGCUGUUGGGUGGAUGCCGUCAUCUUUGUGUUCAGCCUCGAGAAUGAGGCCUCGUUCAGCGCCAUCUACAGCUACUACAUGCGCAUGGCACACUUCCGCAAUGCGGCAGAUCUCCCCCUCAUCCUCGUGGGUACCCAGGACGCCAUCAGCGAGAGCAAUCCACGGGUGAUCGACGACCUCAGGGCUCGCAAGCUGGCAAGCGAUCUGAAGAGGUGUUCUUACUACGAGACUGCCGCCACUUACGGACUUAACGUCGAGAGGGUCUUCCAGGACGCCUGCCAGAGGAUAGUGCAGCUGCGCAUGGCGUCUUCCCUGACCCCGACCAACUCGCGCCCGGGAACCCCUGUGGGAGGUGCCGGUGCUGCCUUGCGGCCAUCUCUGGGCCACUUGGGCGCGUCCAACAACGGUUACGCAUCGACCGGACAGCACGGGAGGGAGGCACAGUCCCAACAGCAGCAGCAGGCUUCCGCGCAGUCAACGGCCAAUGCGACGGCCGCGCUCAUCAACAGCUACAACUCGCUGCACGGGGCCACUGGCGUUGGUGGGAACUUCAACCAGGCUUCGCUCAAGGAGACGCACCUGCGGGAGAUCCGCGACUGCCUUUCUGCCACCACCACCUCGGUGCAGCGGGAGAUCCAGAAGCUGGAGAAGGCCGACCGGACCACCGCCGCCACGCCGGCAGUUGAAGGGGCCGGCGGGACGGGCCAGGCCGGCCCAGCCGCGGGCAACAACAACAACAACGGCAGGGACCGCCCGGAGUUUGUGACGCCCUGCUCCACCCCGACGACUGCGCGGAAGACGCGGCGGAGAUCCAACCUCUUCACGCCGUUGAAGAAAGCGGACGAAGAAAAGCGGCAGAAAAAUGGCGAGAUGGGCAGUGGUCGGGUGAUCCCUGUGAGGCAGGGUUACCUGUACAAGAAGAGCAUCAAAGCUCUGAACAAGGAAUGGAAGAAGAAGUAUGUGACCCUGACCAGCGACGGCAGGCUUACCUACCACCCCAGUCUGCACGACUACAUGGAGGACGUGCACGGCAAGGAGAUCCCGCUCAUGCACACGACGGUCAAGAUCCCGGGACAAAAGCCCCGGGGAUCGAGGGUGGCGGGGUCCCAGGUCAACGACCUCACUUCCGACGUAGGCACCCUGUCUCUCGCCGGUGGGGUGCCCUUCUUCAAGUAUAGGGACCGCGAAAGGAACCGUGACCCCACUACCUUUGACCCCAUCAGGGAGGGUCAGGACCCCGGUCACUCCCUCUCCUCAGGCAUGCUGAACGGGAGUGAGACCCACCUGAUCCCGGCGGUGCCAAACACCAACCCAAAGCUGGAGACGCCCAUCGUAAAGAAGCGGCACCGGCGCAUGAAGAGCACGGGUGCCAAGAACUUCGAGGCAAUGGAAGAUUCCGACGGCUACGAGUUCAUCAUUGUGUCCCUUGACAACAAGCAGUGGCAGUUCGAAGCUUCGAGCGGCGAUGACCGGGAAGGCUGGGUGAGCGCCAUCGAGCAACAGAUCCUGACCAGUCUGCAGGGCAACGAAAGCAGCAAGGCCAAGGGGAGGAUGAACAGCAUAGCAGACACCGCGACAUCCGUCCAGGCGAUUCGGACCGCCGUUCCUGGGAAUUCUCAUUGUGCCGACUGCGAUACUCCACACCCGGACUGGGCGAGUCUGAACCUGGGCACGCUGAUCUGCAUAGAGUGCUCGGGCAUCCACCGCAACCUGGGCUCGCACAUGUCCAGGGUGCGCUCUCUCGACCUGGACGACUGGCCGCCCGGCAACGUGGCGGUGAUGAUGGCCCUGGGAAAUGCCGCCGCGAACGCCCUCUGGGAAGGAAGUACCCGGGGCUGUACCAAGCCCUGUCCCACGUCCGGCCGGGACGAGAAGGAGCGCUGGAUCCGGGCCAAGUAUGAGCAGCGGGAGUUCCUGACGCCCCUGGCCAACCCUCCCACGGCGGGGCAGCUGCGGGAGGCCGUGUGCCGGGGGGACGUCCGGCAGGCGGCGGCGUUGCUGGCCCACGCGGCUCCCCGGCAGACGGAGCUGGUGAACGCUCCGGGGGGCCCCAGGGACUCGAGGACGCCCCUGCACCUGGCUGCCACCCUGGGGCACCUGGCCCUGGUUCAGCUGCUGCUCUGGAACAACGCCAAUGCCAAGGCAGUGGACUCGGAUGGCCGAACCCCGCUGGCGUACGCCAAGGGCGCCAGCAGCCCUGAGGUCCACGAGUUGCUUCUGCACAGCGGCGGCCCUGACGCGAACCAGCUCUCGACGCUCUCCCGGCGCCGGGGAAGCCUGUCCAAGCGGUCGGACGUCUUCGACAAACUUCCGGCCAGCAUCAUCUAGCGGGGUGGCGUCGCGAGGCGAAAGACUAGAAUCCAAGCCCCGGGUUUAGUCCACUAGGGUCUCGGUCUGGGCCCUGGCCAAAGACUUUUGUUUGAAUGGUCUCGAAUGUUCCUCUCCCAUCGCGUGACUCCCCCCCCCCCCCUCCCCUAGUGUGCACCAUCGUCCCUCAUCGUCUGCCGUUUCUCUGCUGUGUUGUCUGGUUUUCUUUAGCGUGGUGGUGCCGGUGCCUCGGCGCCGGCAUUCAUGUCAGUCUGCCGUGCUGAUGGUUUUUGUCUGGUACGGGUUCUGUUGGGUGCGUUUGAAGAGCUGCCCAGAAGUGCGUUAGUUCGGAUGUGGUGCACUCAUCUUAGUAGAUGGCUUUAUCCCAUCACGCUUAUUUUUCUUUUAAGCACUGCCUCGCAUAAUACUUUUUAUUGUUUUAGGCCUAGGGCACUGUGGGCCCAGCCUUGCCCUGUCACAUCCGCUCACGGACGUAACAAAGCCAACUCGCGACGCCUUAGCAUCGCCAUAUAGCGCCAAACACCGUAGUACAUUUGUCUCGUCUGACCGGGUCUGUUUAUUUUUUUUGUGUCAUGGCUGACAGUUUAUUAACAUACCGUAAAAUGGAAGUUGCCCUUUUUGUUAUCUCUUUUUGUUUUGGUUGGUUGUCUGGUUUUGAAUUUUGUACUUCCUAAUGGCGUGUCUCAUCUUUGAGGAGGGCAUUGAUAUUUUCUGUAUACAACGUUUGAGAUGGAUUGAAUUGCUGCCUAUACUACUGGAAAGCAGCUAAUCGGAGCAGGUUGAAAAGAUUAGUUCGGUAUGAUAUGCCACCAAGCGAGGCUACCACUGUGAAUAUUGAUUUCUUAAAUAUUGCUCUAAGUUAAUGUCAACGAAAAUAUAGCAGUGGUAAGAAAAAACUACAACAGGACCAGGGCAUUGAAUGCAGAGCACAUGUUAAUUUUUGUUUUGUUGCCUGGACCUAUUGCGCACUUAGCCUUGCCUUGACUGGUGUUUGUAUGUGAGUGCCAGGAAUGAAAUGGCAAACUAUAAAACAGUCAGUUGGAUUUCCAGUGACUGUUUCCACUGAUUUCGACGAAGAAUGUCCGACGUAGUAGCUUUUGUGGCACUUUUUUUUUCUUGCCAAGUUUCAUAAAACAGCACAGCCUACUUACAUGCAUUGAUUAAUUUCUCUAACGCUUCUCAAAAAAUACUGGCGUGCCCGCCCUCUGUGUUUUGUAAACUUCCGAACUCAAUGGAAGGUGCAAGGCUCAAGCAAAUUUUAAUGCAUCCACAUCAUAAUCUUUGCAGGAUUGUUUACUAUUUUAUGAUAAGGACGUUGGUGGUAUUAUCUCAUUGAGGUAUCUGGAAAGAUGCCUGACAUUCAAUCUGUUCUGGUCAGCUUUUUCUCCAGAUGAGAUCUUUUACAAUCCUUUUCUUGUCCACUCAACAACGUGCAACGUAUGGUUGAUGCUUUCUGAAAUACGUUCUAAAAGGGGUCUUUUUUUUUUCAUAUUUAGUUUUCGAUUAUAUUUAUGGCAUCACAUUUCUGGGCAGCCCUUUGAGUUGCACCAUGCAAGAGCUUGUGUAAGAAUAACAAAGACUUGGAUCCGAAUGUAGGCAUGCGAGAUCAUAUUUGAUACAAAGUUUCAAGUUGACUUGAUGGUAAGCUGUUUUUUUGUGUGAAUUGUCCCGUCCAAGUUUUCCGAUUUUGGAAUUUGUGUGCCAGAAAUGCACAAGACUGGUGUUUUUGAAGGCUGAUCUGAAGUGAAAUUGCAUGUUUUCAUCGUUGCCUCAUCGAGUUUGUGCAUAAUGACGGUUGUAACUGGGCACCUGUGCACACGGGAAUGCUGCUAUUUUCGGGGCAUUAUAUUAAUGGUACGUUUUCAAAUUGUUUUGUUUACGACUGCAGCGAUGCUGGUUUGCCAAGAACCUCCACAGUCUGUUCGUAUUUUGUGAUGGUUACAUCCAGCUAAACAAGCAUAAGGAAUUUUGGAAAUUUUGUGACUGGAGAAGACUCGGAAGGAUGUGUUCUAUUGUGUAUGUCAUCUUUAAACCUCGUCUGUGGCAUUUCUUUGCGGACACCUGCGGUAAUGCUGCUGCACAAUUCUGGUUAUUUUUACACUUUGGUGAUAAACCUAGACUAACGAGCUGAGAGGUUAUUUUUAUUUCUUUGGUAUCGCUGAAAAAAAAAAAAAAAAACAAGUUUUGAGCAUUUGAUUGAAUAAGCACCGAAAACGGGGCACAUUUGGCAGAGUGACAGCUGCUUUCAAAAUAAUUUUGAAAGUGUCUGAAAUUAUUUUAAAGGUAAUUCAUGAGAAUUUUAAGAUACAUGCAUACUUCAAUCGUGUUUGAUGUUGCGUACCGCUGAUGUAAUGGCAUACUGUUGGGAGCAUUAUUUUGGUCAAGCUUCUGAAAUGCUCCUUUUCAGAUUCCUGUAUUGGAGUUCAAUUUUAGCCCAUGGCUACCUUAGCUACAAACUUCACUUUUUUUUGCAGUUAAAGCAGUGUUUCCAUCGAGCUGAAUUGGCGCAUUACUCUUUAAAUUUGAAGAAUGGUAACAACGAGAACUCGAAGCACUACUGCACUGGCCACAGCAUUUCUUGUGUUCUGGAAUGUGUUGUCCUUCGUUAUGUUUAUUAAUUCCUAUUUUCUUUUAGCUUUGUUUAUAGUGCUGCAGCGUUUUGUUUGUUCUCAUCAUGUUAAUAUUUGCAUCGUUCUGGGGGGAUGUCUCGAGACAUUUCAAGAUGUUCUUCGGUGUACAUAUUUUAAUUUAAGUUUCAAAGCUAAUUCGUCUACGUGCAGUCAACUUGGUCGGAAUUUCAUGCCUAUCUUGUAAGGUUUAGUGUUUUCAUUUCCUUACUUUUUGCUUUCCGAUGGGCUGUUGAUAUGUACAUAUGGGAAUAAGUUAAUUAAAGUGACAGAGCAUUGUCGCGUGACGUAAAGUCAAUGUGUGUUCAGAGGAGACGAUGGGCUACCAAUACUUUCAGCCGAUUAAUUUAAUUUUUUUGGGCGAGGUUUUCCAGCGCUUGAGUUGAUCUGGAUGUACUGGGGGUUUGUAAUACCAUGAUUGGUUCCAAAACAUGCUUUGGCUGGUCGGAUUAUUAUGAUGGCAUAUCAUUUGGGAAGAACACAGUUUGCAUGCUAUAACUAAUGAAGCCAUAUAGUAAUUUAAGUGUUAUUCUUUUGGCUGUGUCGUUAGCUUAAGCAGCAGCUUUAACCUCAACGUCUCUCGAAGCAACUUUUUCCAAGCAUUGGACAUGGUUACACUAGAGAGUAUAAUUUACGCGGCGUUUUGGAACAAUAAUUGGCUGUGGUGUCGUGCUCGCGAGCCCAGGACCCCUCUUGGUCAGUUGAGGAAGACUCCUGACUAUUUUCCAACUGUGAACUGUUUUUUUUUUUUUUUUUUUGGCGGGAUGUUUUGUGGAAACGAUUCUGUCAAGCACUGCUUCAAUGCAAGAGGCGGGGCACUAGCUAGUCUGCUUAUUAAAAUCUUCACCUCAGUUUCAGAGCAGCAAUAACUUCGGUUGUACGUUGUUGUUGCAACAUUUUCCAAUCGACCCAAACAAGGCCUAGCAACAUUUUGCCUUUCAUGCAUCCAGUAUCUGAUAGCACACAACCCUGAAUGUGAUGUCCCCCAAGAGCAAAGAAAAUAAAAAGCAGCAUGCUGCAAAGAUUAAUCUCCAGGAAAGUGUGUGUGCUUAGGUGAUGCAGUGUGUAGCAUUUGUACAAUAUUUGUAAAAAAAAAAAUGAUGACCUAAGCCGAUGUUUGUACUGUCAAGUAUUUUUUUUUUUUUUUUUUUUCAGAUUGCAAGUAGUUGACAAGGCAAAUAAACUGGGUGUACAGACUUGCUCCCA